CCAACCCAAGGAUCGACCCUGUGAGCCUAAACUGUUAAUCCCGUCCAUUAUGUAAGUGUUAGGGGGGAGGCAAAUGGAGUAGGAACAGUUGUUGAAUGGGUCGAUGCAGAGCUAAAUUCGUACUAAAACAGCGAAGAUGCUGUGAACAAAUCUACCGGGGUACAGUAAAUCAUUCCACUUCUCUCUCUCUCUCUCUCUCUCUCUUGCUCUCUCGCUCUGCGCUGUUUAGUUUGUGGCUUCUGCAGGGUGUAGCUGUAGAAACUAACAACAAAACCCUACUUCUUCUACUGUUAGAGACUUUGAGAUGCGAACUCAACAAGAAAACACGUUACACAACCAUGAGAGCCUCGGAAAAGAGCAAUUGGCCGUAAUAAUUUUGUAAUUCCCUGUGUGGGUCUUGAGACAAGAAAUCAAAAAGGGGAUUGAGGCACGCACAAUAAGUAGAAAGUGAACAAACUUGGGUUUAUUACUUACUUUUGAUUGAUGUCCAUAUAAACAUACUUAAGAGGAGAAGUAGGGUUUUAUUUCUAGGCAUAUAGGGGUGUGUGUAUGAGGUUGUGGGUUGGUAUGAGCAGUAGACAAGUUUGCCGUUUCAUAAAGGGCCAAACCAGCCCCUCCCUUUUUAACUUUUCGUAAACAGAUCCUCAAAGUGGCUUGCGGUUAUGGCCUCUCCUUCGCAUUUUGAGAAAACUCAUGAAGAUUACAACCGCCCGUCGGGAGAAGAGCAAGCAAAAGACAAAGACUGGCUUGAGUUAGGGUUAGGGUUUAGCAUUGCAUGCAGGAAAGAAGAAGAAGAAGAAGAAGAGGAACAUCAACGAAACGCAGUUUCAGCAUCUCCUUCUUCGCAGCUCCAGCAAGUUAAGCAGAAACCAACUGGUUGUGGUGCAGGGUUGGAGCUAGGGUUAAGUCUAGGAAGAGAUUUAGAGUCGAUGCCAGGCUUGGAGUUGGACCAUGAGCAUGGUGUCAGGGUAAUAGGCAUGGCUCCGCCUGGUAAUUAUGAUCAGGGCUCGUGGCAAAAUCAGGAUGAAGAUCAUUGUGAUGAGGAUUAUGAUGAUAUGGCGUGGUGGCCGUGCGACAUGAAUUCAGGUAGCUUUCUUGGCUUGGAUGACUGGCAAAUGCCGGUUCCCAAUACUUCCCAUGAUUACUUGGCAGGAACAAGACCCCACUCUGGCUUGUGGUUUACCCUUCAGUCUUAUACCAACCGCAGGAACGGAGAAGCGCUGCCUCAAAUACCAAAGGCGUACAUUAGAGUGAAGGACGAGAACGUGACGAUUUUCAUGGUUAAAAAGUACCUGGUUACAAAGCUUGGUCUCUCCAACGAAGCUGAGGUUGAUAUAUCAUGCAUGGGGCAGAAGUUGUUGCACACACUGACAUUGAAGCAAGUAAGAGAUUGUGUUUGGUUGCCUAGAUUAGUGGAAUCUGUAAAUCCAACCACUGUAUCAUUCGAGAAUUACUCACAUCAAAGUUGUGUAAAUGAUCAUUUGAUGUCUUUACAGUACGGAAGGCGUUGUGCUUUGAACUGAGUCUUGAUGAUCAAUUUGGAAACAAGAUGUACAUCUUGCAUGCUGGACGCAUGUCAGCUUCUUCAAGUGUAUAUAUAUAU